GGAGCAUCGUGGACCCGGAUUCAUGACACUUACGCUCUUCACCACACGAACCAGUGAAGGAGGAGCAGCAGUUGUUCACUUUAUUGUGACAUCUGACGCAGGUUUCAGGAAGUCUUGAGUCUUCAACACAGUCUGUGUCUUGAACUGUCUGUCAUCAUUCAGUCAGUAUGGAGCUCAGUCAACUUCCUCUUGUGUUCUUGCUGAUUUCAAACAUCUACUCUCAACAUACUGAAGAAACACCAAAACCCACAGUGACCAUCAAACCUGCUCAACAUGUAUUCAGAGGAGAGACAGUCACUCUCAGAUGUGACAUAUAUGCUGAAGGAGUCACUAGCUGGCAGUACAGCUGGUAUAAAGACAGUUCAGGCUAUGCUUUCAGUGAACUACAGGAACACACAUUCAGUUCUGUAACUGAGUCUGACGCAGGUAAAUACUCCUGUUAUGGAGCAGAGAGAGAAGUAUCACGAACAUCACGAACAUCACGCCGCAGUGAUGUAGUUACACUGACAGUAUCAGCUUCAGAUCCCAGAGCAGUUUUAAGUGUUUCUCCACAGACGUGGUUGACUGAAGGAGAUCCAGUGACUCUGAUCUGUGAGGUUAACGGCUCCUCUACAGGCUGGACAUUCAGCUGGUUCACUGAUACUGGUUCAUCAGACUACAGCAGUUGUUAUGAGCUGCUCUCAGACAGCAGCAGAGGAGCUGGAGGAAACUACACUGUCAGUUCUGCUGCUCUAAAUCACACAGGAGUUUAUGUGUGCAGAGCAGAGAGAGGAGAACCAGCCUAUAAAACACAGUACAGCAACACACAGUUAAUAUGUGUCACUGGUGUUUCUCCUCCAGUCUCUCUGAUCGUCAGACCCAGCAGAACUCAACACUUCACAUCUGACUCUCUCUCUCUGAGCUGUGAGGACCAGAGUAACUCUACUGGAUGGACAGUGAGAAGAUACACAGACAGCCGGCGGCUGGAAGAUUGUUCAUCAUUACGUCGAGGAUCACAAACAGGAUCUACAUGUACAAUCAGAGACACCAUCACACAUGACACUGGAGUGUACUGGUGUGAGUCUGAAUCUGGAGAGAACUAUCAUCCUGUUAAUAUCACUGUACACCUUGGUGUGAUUCUGGAGAGUCCUGUUCAUCCUGUGACUGAAGGAGAAACUCUGACUCUACGCUGUUUAGAUCGACACACAACUCCACCAAACCUCAGAGCUGAUUUCUAUAAAGAUGGGUCACUCAUCCAGAAUCAAACUACAGAGAUGAUCAUCUCUAAUGUCUCAAAGGCACACGAGGGUUUCUACUCCUGCAAACACCGAGAGAGAGGAGAGUCACCCAAGAGCUGGAUCUCAGUCACAGCUUCCUUCAGAGGAUUAGGAUCUGGUGGUCUCGAUCCAGUGAUAGCUGGAGUGACUGCUGGACUGAUCGGCAUAUUUUUGAUCAUUGUCUUCUUGGUCCUGCUGUGGCGCAACAGAAACAACAAAGGUGGAGGAUCUCAGUCUCUCUCUCGUGUCAGUCAACAUCAGAACAGCAGUCAGACAUCAGAGCAGAACCAGAGUGAAGCGGGGAAUAAAACACUCAUGUCUGACAUUGUAAGUGGACUUACUGAAGUCACCUAUGCUGAGAUUGAACUCAAAUCUACAGAGAAACAGAAGAAAAACAAAGAAAACAAAGGGAAAAUCAGUGAAAGUUCUGACACGGUUUACUCUAAACUGAACCUGGAGACUCAUCAAGCUGCUGGAUCUAGUGAUGUGACGUAUGCUCAGAUUAAAUAAAUGGCUGGAGGAGAAGCUUUCAAUCCCAGGACGCUGAUGAGUUUAGGCUGAGAAGUGCUGGAGAAUGACCAGAUCAUCAAUUCUUUAUCAUCUUUGUAAUGCUGAACACUUGAUAGCAAUAGAUUUAGCAGUAUUUAAUGUCUGUGAUUUAUCUUUUUAGCUUCGUUCUGUAUUGUUAAAGGUAUGACAUAUUACAUGGGAGAGAAAGAUUGCUGACUGUAAAGGCUUUUUUUUUUUUUUUUACUGUUGUGAAAGUUUCGGUUCCUCUUUCGUUCUUCUUGAUCUUAAAUGUAUUUGUAGCAGGGAUUUUAUGGAAACAUCAGUGAAUUUUAAAAUUGUGAUUUCCAUGUCUGGAAAAAUCAUGGAAAUGUUCUAGGUUGGAAAAAGUCAUGUCAUAAAUGUAUAUAGUGAAUGUUGAAAUAUCUAGCUAUUUUCAGCUCUAAAAUAUUUCAUUUUACCUCUAUGUGAGUCUAAUCUUUAGAUUUGAAAACUGCUUAAAACUGGUCAAAGGUUUUUGACUGCUGUUGUAGCUUGCUUGUUCUUAGAAAUUGGGAUAAUUGUUCACAAUUAUAAUUAUAAACCAUAGUUUUGCUGUAAUAUUUAUACCUUUUGUUUAUAUCUUUAUUACAAUAAAAUAAAAUCUAAUU